CUAGCUUUUCAGGAUUUUCAUACCAGACUGGAAGCAAUAUCCUGCUUGGAAUCUUCUCUUCAAUGUCCUUGUGGCUCCAAAUCCAAGAAAAGACACAAUAUUUUUACAAGUCUGAAAUUCUGGGAUUUAUUCUUAUGCACCUACAACAUUUCAACAACAACAAGAUCCAGAGAAAAGCAUGCCAGGAGGACAGAAGUCUCUGCUUUGGUUUUUGACCUGCAUUAUCUGGCUCCUGAUUCUCCCAGCUGAGGGACAAGAGGCUGCUGGGCCUGAAGUAAUGACUCAGUUUGGUCGAGUCCGGGGGAAACAGGUCACUGUCAAAGGAACUGAGCAUCGUGUGGAUGUUUUCCUGGGAAUCCCAUUUGCCAAGCCCCCCCUGGGAGCUGGGAGAUUCUCUCCGCCACAGCCUGCUGAGCCUUGGGAGGGCGUAAGAGAUGCCACUACAUUCCCUCCAAUGUGUUUGCAGGAGUUAGAAAGGACAGACCUUAUGAAAAACACUUUAGAUGGGAAGCAGCAACUCUUCCCAAUAUCUGAAGACUGUCUCUAUCUUAACAUCUACACCCCGGCCUCCAGACACAAGAAGGCUAAGUUACCUGUGAUGGUUUGGUUCCAUGGGGGAGCAUUUGUAAUUGGAACAGCUUCCUCAUAUGAUGGGUCACCUUUAUCAGCCUAUGAAGAGAUUGUGGUGGUAACAGUUCAAUACAGACUGGGAUUCCAGGGAUUUUUGAGCACUGGAGAUAAGAUUGCACCUGGUAACUGGGGAUUCUUGGAUCUGGUGGCUGCUUUACAAUGGGUCCAGAGCAACAUUGCUCACUUUGGAGGAGACCCCAACUGUGUGACCAUCUCUGGACAAUCUGCAGGAGGAAUGUCUGUCUCUGCACUUGUGCUGUCUCCUAUGACCAAAGGCCUAUUCCAUAAAGCCAUCACACAGAGUGGGGUUCUCACCACGUCAGGUAUCAUCACAGACCACCCUCAGUCCACUUUUCAUGAGAUUGCCCGCCUCUUUGGCUGUGAAGGUUCCGACUCAGCUACUUUGUUCCAGUGCUUACAGACUAAAGAAAACAUGAUAUUCAACAGGAAAUUAUCAAUUCUACCUUUAAUCCAAGCCACUGUGGAUGGUGUUUUCUUACCAAAGUUCCCAGAAGAGCUCCUCUUAGAGAAAAAAUUUCCAAGAAUUCCCUAUUUGCUUGGAGUCAACAAUCAUGAGUUUGGGUAUAUGAUACCUUCGGCAUGGAUGAUCCUAAACCUGAAAGAUGGAAUGAAAAAAGAAUCAGCAUUCACCUUUUUGAAGAGAAUGGCCAAUACUUUUCUGGACACCCCCCCUGAAUUGAUCCAUUUAAUUAUAGAUGAGUACAUUGGUAACCACACAGACCCACUAGCCAUUCAGGAUGCAGUUAUGGAUAUGUUUGGAGAUGUAAUUAUAUUGCUUCAAGUUCUGAAGGUAUCAAAUAAUCACAGAGAUUCUGGAGCUCCAGUCUAUUUAUAUGAAUUCCAGCAUCGGCCAAGUACUUUCGAUAAGAUCAAACCUGCUUAUGUAAAAGCUGACCAUUCCGCUGAGCUCACAUUCGUUUUUGGAGGCCCUUUCAUGGCAGAUGAGCGCUCCAUGUUGGCUUUUCCAGACUCCACUGAAGAAGAGAAACAGCUAAGCAGAACAAUGAUGAGGUACUGGGCCAAUUUCAUUCGGACAGGGGAUCCCAAUGGGGAAGGGCUGCCGACCUGGCCUCUCUAUGACCAAUCAGAGUCAUACCUAGAGCUCAGCUUGACUCCAAAGGUGGGAAGAAAACUCAAAGAGGACAAAGUGAAGUUUUGGGAAAAAAUCGCUGGUGAAAAAGUUAAGCUAUAUCAUGAAGGAAAGAAGGGACAUACUGAAUUGUGAUUUCACUAAUAGGUAACUAACAACACAAGACCAAAAACAUUUUAAAAGAUAGUUUUAAGAUCUUAGUAAAUUUUUUGUGUAUAUUUACAAUCACAAACCAAACAAUCAAAAUAACUAAAAUAACAAUAACAAUAGUGAUGAUGUUAAUAAAUAUUUGACUACUCUAUUUUAAGCACUUGAAGGAAGAGACAUGUUUUAUUUGUCUUUUUAACAGCCUGAUCAUAGACCAUUGCACAAAAUCAAACUUAAUAAUUGUCUGUUGAAUGUUUAUAUAUACAAAAUACUUUACUGACAUUAUUUAUUUAAUAGCACAACAAUCCUAGGAGCUAUAUAGUAUAGACACCAUUAUUUCUUUUUUACAAAUGAAGGUCCUGAAGCAGUUGAAGUGAUUUGCCAAACAUCUCACAGUGGCACCAGAACUCUAACCCAAGUCAUUAGAUUAAAUCAUGAGUUAGAUAUUUUGGGAGUUGCUUCAGUUUUUAAAUUGUGCUUAUGGAAGAGGGAUCAAAUUUUAAAAUUAAUUUUUAAAAUUCUUGUAAAUUAAAAGGCCUGGAUUUAGGGUUGUAAGGAAUUGUAGAUUUAGAGUUGGAAAGGACAUUAAGAGUUAUGGGAAAAUGAGACAGAUAGGUGGCACUAAUGGAUAGAGCCCUAAUCCUGUAGUCAAGAGGACCUGAAUUCAAAUUUAAGUGUCUGCACUUGACACUAGCUGUGUGAACUUAAGAAAAUCAUUUAACCCUGUUUAUCUCACAAAAAAAAGAGUUAUGGAAAAAAUAUCAUAGAGUUACAAUCAGGAUUACACAGGAUUUAAUAGCUUCUACAUUAAAGAUCAGAACGUGAUAUUCUAGAAGGCCAAGAGCUAGGAUUACAACUAAGAAUCACCUACCCUGUAAAACUGAGCAUAAUCCUUGAGGGAAAAGGUUGGAUAUUUGAUGAAAUAGAGGACUUUGAAACACUCCUGAUGAAAGGCCAGAGCUGAACAGAAAUUUUUAUUUUCAAAUGCAAGACUCAAAAGAAUAAAAAAGUAAAUAGAAAAGAGAAAACUUAAGGGAUUCAAUAAGAUUUAACUGUUUGCAUUCCUAUAGAGGAAAAUGAUACUUAUAACUGUUAAUAAUUUUAUCAUUUUUAGAGCAUUAGAAAGAGUAUACAUAGACAGAUGGUAUGGUAUAACUAUUUUGAUGGAAUGAUAUUUACAAAACAGUCCAAAAUUAAAUGAGGAGAAAGAGAAUUGCACUGGGAGAAGACAGAAGGGGGAGGCAAAAUGGGGUAAAUUAUCUUACAUGAAAAGGUGUGAAAGAUAUAUUAUAAUGAAGAGAAAGAUGGGGCAGGGAAUAGCUUGAACUUUGCUUUCAUUGGAAUUGACUCAAAGAGAGAAUAAUACAUACACAUACACACACACACACACACACACAUUUAAUUGGGUAUGGAAAUCUAUCUUACUGUAUAGGAAAGUAAGAAGGAAGGAUGAUAAGAGAAGGGAGGGCAAUUGAUAGAAGGGAGGGCAGAUUGGAGGAGACAAUGUUCACAAGCAAAACAUUGAUGAGUCAAGACCUGGUAAAGAGAGAGAAAAAGAUAAUUAGGGAAAAAAUAAAAUGGAGGGCAAUACACCAUCAGUAAUCACAGUAAAUGUGAAUGGGAUAAACUCAUAAAAUAUAAGUGGAUAGCAGAGUGGAUUAAUAAUCAGAAUCCUACGUUAUGUUGUUUUUAAGAAUUACAUUUGAAGCAGAGAGAUGUACACAGAUACAGGUAAAAAUCUGAUUAAAAUAUAUUAUGCUUCAACUGAAGUAAAAAAAAAAACAGCAAUUAUGAUCUCGGCUUAGCAAAGCAAAAAGAUAUCUAAUUCAAAGAGAUAAGGAAGGAAAUUAUAUCUUACUAAAGGGUACCACAGAAUGAAGUAAUAUUAAUACUAAACAUAUAAGCAGCAAAUGACAUAGUAUCCAAAUUUUUAAAGAAGUUAAAUGAAUUACAGGAGUAAAUAGAUUAUAAAACUAUGCUAGUGGAAGACUUCAACUCUUCUCUCUCAGAAUUAUAAUAAUAUAACCAAAUAAUAAAAGAAAAGGUGAAGAGAGUUUUAGAAAAGCUAGAUAUGAUAGAAUUCUGGAGAAAAUUGAAUGGGAAUAGAAAGGAAUUUACCUUUUUUUUAGCAUUACAUGGCACCUACAAAAAAAAAUUGGCCAUGUGUUAGGACAUAAAAAUCUCACAACCAAAUGCUGAAAAGAAGAAACAUUAAAUCUUUCCCUGUCAGGUUACAAAGUCAUAAAAAUUACAUUCUAUAAAAGGCAGUAGAAAAAUUAAAAAUUAAUUGAAAACUAAACAAUCUAAUUUUAGAGAUCAAGUGAUUCAAAGAAAAAUUCAUAGAUACAACAAACAGUUUUAUCAAAGAGAAUCACAACAAUGAGACAACAUACCAAAAUUUAUGGGAUGCAAUCAAAGCAGUAUUUAAGGGAAACUUUAUAUCUUUAAAUGUUUAUAUCAAUAAAAUGGAGAAAGAGCAGAUCAGUGAAUGCAGGGGUCCAGCCUCUGCAGGGGAUCCAAAAGAGCUGAGCAGAAAGAAUGGGUCAGCAUCAAAGGAAGACAGGGUUCGUGGGGUAGCUUGAAUGAGGAACUGAGGAAGUGAUGCUCCUACUUCUCUCAGGCUCCUUCAGGCUUUAUUUUUUUUACUAUAUCAUGAUCACUCAAUUUUCCUGAUUACAUAUACAUUUCUUUAGGUCAACAUAGUUUUCAGAUAUGUGUCUGACUUAUUGAUCUUUAUAUGUUAUUAUAUUUGACAUUUAGUAUUCGAGUAAGUUUUUAUGGUUAAGUGUUAAUUAUUGAUUACAUUACACGAAACUAAUAAUGAAAGGUAAAUUUUAUACAAGGUAAAAUGUCAGUGACUUGUUAGUUUACUUAUGUCUUCUUUGUCAAUCCUAUGGAUUGUUUGAUCCCUCUAUUUCCCUAACUUGGAACCGUGUACAUAGACAUUCAGGGAAAUUCCAAUUAUACUUUAACCAUCUAUUGAUUCCUAAACACACUGAUCUUUUCUGAGUCUAAGUUGGUAAACAUCAUUGUUUCCUAAACCUUUGGAUUCUCUCCCAUAGUGAUAAUGCUUUUCAUGGUGUUCUCUCCUUUAUCAUUUGUCUCAGUGAGAGAUUAGUUUUAUUAGGACAGAAUGUGCAUGUAAAAUCAUUUCUAGUUAAUUUGCUCAAAUUCCUCUUGUCACCAGAUUUUUAAAGAUAAUGUUUAGUGCUAUAAUCAAGCCAAUUAUAAAUAAUAUAGGAAAUAGUAGUCCACUAAUAAGAAUCAUAAAAGGAAAUGUUCUUCCUGCAUGAGUGCUGUGCACAUUUGAUCUCAGUGCUGUGGCUUUGCCAGUCAGCUUAGAGAAUGCAGCUCCCAACAAAUGAAUUAGGCCGGCAACAACAAUAAUAACAAAAAAAACAGAAAAAGAACAAAUUUAAAAUCCUCAAUUAAGUGCCAAAUUGAAAAUCCUAAAAAUCAAAGGAGGAUGAAUUCAAUCAAAAGAAACCCAUUGAAUUAAUAAACAAAACUAGAUGCUGAUUUUAAAGAGGGGAAGAAACCAAUAAAAUAAAUAAGCUGUUAUCAAUUCGAUUUUUUAAAAAGGAAAGAAAAAAAAUUACCCCAAAAUGAAAGGCGCGAAUCCACCAUCAAUGAAGAAAUAAUUUAAAUAAUUAUUAGUAAACAGUUUUCCCAAUUAUAUGUAAUAAAUCUGAGAGUCUAAAUGAAGUAGA